AUGACAAACGUAGUGCAGAAAGACAAAAGAGACAUACAGCUUUCCAAAGCUUUGUCAUAUUUACUUCGACAUGCGGCGGUAAAGGAGAAUUUGACCAUUGAUCCAAACGGUUAUAUACCAGUGAAAGAACUAUUGACCCAUAAUAGAUUGAAGACUCAUAAAUGUACAGUGGAUGAUAUUCAUCGCAUUGUUCAGGAAAAUGACAAACAACGUUUUCACAUGAAAACAUUAGGAGCGGGCGAAGAAUGGAUCUGUGCGACCCAGGGACAUUCAAUAAGAUCUAUUCAGCCAUCGGGUGAGGUUCUUGUACCAAUUACUGAAGUCUCGCAGUUACCACAAGAACUGAUUCAUGGAACUAACCUCCAAUCAACCAUAAAGAUUAUUAAGUCAGGAGCAAUAUCAUCAAUGAGCAGAAAUCAUGUCCAUUUAUCGCCAGGGAUGUUACACGCGAAAGGAGUUAUCAGUGGAAUGCGGUCUUCAAGCACCGUCUACAUCUUUAUCAACUGUCACUCUUCUUUAUUUUUUAAAAAUCUGAAGCUGUUCAGGUCUCUCAAUAAUGUUUAUUUAAGCAGUAGCAUCCCUAUUGAAUUGAUAGAAAAAGUUGUUGUAAAAGGAAGCUUGAAGGACGAAGAGAAUUUAAGCGUAUUGAGAAGAAUGCUACACGAAAGAAAUAUAACGCUUGAAAUAAUGUAA